AUGGCCUCGGGGGCCUGUGGACUUCUAGUCCAAGGAGAUGGAGGGAGCGAUAAGAUUGAGCUCCACAGGGCAACCUUCCUGACAGCUGUCCUGCUGCUGCUACAAGUGAAGGGGGUGAGGACUCUGAAGGGCAGUGCAAGCCUGGAUGAUUACGGCAGUCAGAAAGAGAAAAUGUCCUCUGCAGACCAGGGCCAAGAGCAGUUCGAAGAACACUUUGUGGCUUCCUCAGUGGGUGAGCUGUGGCAGGUGAUGGAUAUGGCCCAGCAAGAAGAAGAAACGAUCGCCCAGGGAGCAACUAUCCAGGACCACCUCUUUAACCUAGCCUUCUGCUUCAACUUGGCCAGCAUUGUGAUUUUUUUUAUGAGAGACUUUGAGGUGGAGGCAGUAGUCUGGCUCCUUCACGAGGACUUGGACCCCUACCUCCGCUUCGUGGUUGCCUAUUGACGUCUUCUCCAAGAUGCCUCCUCAAAAACGCAUACCUUACUCCCGUGUCUGAGAAGCACCUGACUUUAAGGUGCAGUCAUAGACUUUUCCCAACUCUCUCAUUGCCACUCCCUGAUUGCCACCCCAACCCAGAAUUUCAUACCCCACGGCCAAAGACACCAGACCCACACCCUUCUAACACUUAAGCUUUGUCUUAAGCAGCAGAUUAGAGGGAGGAGAUAGAGACAAUAAAAUAGCAAUAGCAAUAAAAUCCUGAAAACAAUUGCAAACAGACUUUCUGGUUCUCUCCCGGGCUUGUUGAACUAACUGCCUGGCCUUUUGCCCACGUACUGCCCUUCAGACCCAGCAUCUCACCAACUGUGGCUGCUUUUGCAGUGUCCAUGAAGCCUUUUUUGGUACUUUUCCCUCUUCUCCUUCCUGACUUCUAGGAGUGGAGCACAGCAGGAAAGAGGCAUCGAGAGAUGACAGAGUUGGCUGGGGAGAUGGCUCUGGGGGUUACGCGAUGGCAGCAGAAGUGCAAGGAGCUGGCUUUAGAUCCCCAGAACCCACUUAAAGCCAGAUAUAGUCAUCCACAUGAGUAAUCUCGGCACUCUUACAGUGAGACACACACAGAUGGGAGGUGGGGACAGGGGAGUACCCAUAAGCUGGAGGAGCAGUCAUCCUGGUAUUAACACUGACUUAUACACCUGUCUCAAAACAAGGUAGAAGGCAAGGACUGAUAGGCAGUGCUGUCCUCUGACCUCCGUACAUGAGCUGUAACUCACAUGUUCCCAUAGUGCACACGUAAACACUGAAAAACACA